UGCCGCCGCUGUCUGGUGUGCGGCACGCGGGACACGCCGCUCUGGUGCGACAACUAUACGGAGUGCGCCCCGUGCGCGUCCCUGGUGAUGUGCUGCGUGUGCUCGGAGCCGUACUCGGACGGCGAGCUCAUCAUCCAGUGCGUGCCCUGCUCGCGCUGGCUGCACGCCGCCUGCGACUGUAUCCGCAGCGAGGCCGACGCCGACAUCUGCAGCUCCCAGGGAUACAAGUGCGUCCUGUGCCGCGGCCGGGACGUGCCGCCGCCGCACCUGGCCCGCGCUGUGGAGCCGGCGCCCGCGCCCGCGGCUGCCAAGUCCUCGGCCGGCCGGAUCACCGCGCUGGCUCUGGGGCUGGCGGGCGAGUACUACGUGGACGACGUGUGUCUGUCGCAGCGCGGAGCUCACCACAUGAAGCAGCUCGAGGCCGACCUGGGCAUAACACACACGCGCCGCAAGAGGCGCUUCAAACACGACACCGCCGAGAAGGACGCCGAAAUAAUGGCAUCUAUUGAAACAGUGGUGCAGAACACUGAAGAGGCGGGCGAAGACGGGAAGCCGGACGCGACCGAAGUGAAGGAGGAACCGGGUAUAUCAGCCAACACGAACCUGAAGGAAGGCAUCCUGUGGAACGUGGCCAACGACGGGCCGGUGCCAGAAGGGUUCACCAUCUACACGACGGACUCCGGACUCACCGUGCUGCGUCGCAAGCGGCAGCGGAAUCUCAACAAACUGGGCAUCGGGGGCUUCGUGGUGCGCCAGCGGCAGGCCGCCGUGCGCGCGCAGCCCGACGACGACAAGGAGGGCGACGGCACGCACAACUCGGCCGAGUCACCCGGCAACAAGCGGAAGCCGCGUCGCAAGCCACGCUCCAAGCUGAUGGAGCAGUUUCCCUCCUACAUGCAGGAAGCAUUCUUUGGCAAGGACUUGCUGGAGCCUAAACCAACAGCAGCCUGCGAAAACGGGACGGAUAUGGGGUUGCGUUCGCCGGAGCUCGGAGACUCGGAAUCGGAUGGGGAGGAUGUGCUCGCGGCGAUAUCGCUUGCUCUGUCCCCCACACCGGCGCUUUCGCUUUACGACACGAGAGAUGCUGCCACCUUCAUAUCUUUAACGCAGGACGAAGUGGAUAUGCUGCAUUCGCUGAAACCGAAAGAAGAGAAAGAGGAACCCUGUGCGGGUGCCGACGUCAAGAUAAAGAGUGAGUACGAGGAGGGGCAGCUAAAGCACACGGAAGACUCGGCGGCGCUCCGCAACGCGAUCCUCGGACCGCACGACGAGCAGGCGCCCGCGCACGGUCCCGCACACAAGAGCGAGCCUGCCACGGGAAUGACGGAAAGCUGCGCAAGGUCACAAGAGAGUAUAACGGCUAAGGAGGAACUGUCUCUGCUGGGCGUAAACUUCGACGCGAUGGUGCGGGACUCGCUGCCAGACAUGGACAGCAACGAUGUAGACGAGAUCUUCAAGGGAGUGCUAACUGAUGACUCGCAGGAGUCCCAAGAGUCGUCGGUAUCAUUCGUGAACUCGAUGUCCGGAACACCAUACUCUCAGCAACGUCAGCAACUGCAGAGCCCUAUGGAAUAUGCAUCACCGUAUCACCACACGGAUUUUGGUAGCAGCACACCAUGUCCCAGCGGCAGUAGCGCACUCAGCCCGCUGUACAGCGAGGGCGGGGCCGGCGCCGCGGCCACGACCGUCUGGAGCGAGCACAGCGCGCCCGCGCCCUCCUACAACCAGCGCAGUGCGGACAAGAUGCGCGCCGACGAGAGUCUAGGGUCGGCCGCAACAAUAUCUGCCGUAUUAUACGCUAACUCGAAUCAUCCGGAAUGGAAGAGCGAAUUUCCGAACUGGGUGGAUCGCUGCAAGCAGAUCCUAAAGAAGUGGCGAGCGCUGCCGUCCGAACAGAAGGCGCCGUACCUGCAGAAGGCGCGCGACAAUCGCAGCGCGAUCCGGAUGAAGAAAGCGCAGCAGGACCAGGAGCGUGCUUGCAAUCAGCAGCGCAGCGCCCGCGAGGCCGAGCAGGAGCGGCAGUGGAAGCAGCUGCAGCAGAUGCGGCAGCAGCAGACACAGCAGCAGCAGCAGAUCAUACACGACCAGCGGAUACAAGCGGCGAUGCAGCGCUUGCGUACAGCUGACGGCAGCCCCCCUCCUGUCGUGCCGGCGGGGGGCGUGGCCUCGCUGGAGGGCGGCGCCGGUGAGGCCCCCCGCAGCGCGUUCCCCGCGCAACGCUUCCCGCUGCACUACGCGGCCGCCGACGAAAAUAUCAACCGGCAACUGAGGGACCUGCUGCAGCGCCAUCCGGAGAAGAUGUGGCCGCCGCAGGGAACGAGCGAGGACAACAGCAGUGUGGGAGGCAACAUAGGUAUGGAGGGGCAGUCGUUCCGUUUGCCUUUGCCUGUUAAUGUGCGGCCGCGUCUGCCCGUGCCAGCACAACAUAGACCCGAGCAUCAAAUGCUGAUGCAACAGCGUAUGAUGACGUCGGAGGGCCAGCAGCAACAGAACAUAGCUAACAUCCUCAAUCAGCACAACAUGGAACAGAAACAAGCAAUGCAGGCACAGGGUAAUGUGUCAAGCAAUGAGACUAAGCAAGAGGGCAACACUGAUCAGGGUUCAGAUGAGAUGGACAUUGGUGACAUGGACAAACUGGAGCAGGAUUCUGGAAAUAUUGGAGAGGUGGACAUCUUGACGGGUUUGGGCGCGGAAGAUGAUGAGCAGCUGCUGGAGUCGCUGACGGCCGAGAUCGGGGAGCAGUUUAACAUACUGGAGUACGCGGAUCCGGAGCUGGGUGCGUUACACGCAGCCGACCACCUACUAGACUCGCUCGACCUAACCGACGAACACGCGCAAAUGCACGCACAUGCGCAGGCACACGCGCACUCAGCGCAACACCAUACCACCUCCGCCGGCCACAGCUUUCGUUUUAGGGAUCAAACAGAGAACAAGUUGGACAAUAAAUUUGACAGCGACUUACGCAACGCCGUGAAACUAGUCGAGACGCCGAAGUGUGAGAUAAAGUCGGAGUUGGUUGAAGUGAAGUCGGAGACUGUAGAGAUGAAGACGGAGAUGACGAGUGCGCAGUCCACGGGACAGAUGUACCAAGAUAGCAUGCAGAGAGUCAUCACACAGACCCAGCAGAUUUCCAUGCAGUCCACCAUGCAGGGUAUCAAAGCCGAAAUAAAGCCGGAAUUGGACGACAACAAGCCGGAAGGAGAUUGGCAGAGGCCAGUGUUCUCGCAGAUGUUUGGUAUUCAGCAACAACAACAACAACAACAACAGCAGCAGCAGCAACAACAGCAGCAGCAGCAACAACAGCAGCAGCAGCAACAACAGCAGCAGCAGCAACAACAACAACAAGGUGCCGUACGGGCGCAAAGUCAAUCGCAGCUGCAGUUUGCCUCCACGCAUCCUUCGCACCACAACAUGCACUACGCCCAGAACAAGGCCCUCGGCAGCGCGGCCAGCAUCGUGAGCGCCAUGACGGCGCAGGUGCAGGCGGCGCUGGCGGCCGGGCGCGCCAUCGCGCCGGGCACGCGCCUGCUGGGCGCCGACGGGGCCGUGGGCGUGGUGCGACACGACCGCUCCGUGGCGCUGGCCGCGCUGCCGCACGCGGGUGGGUGUUACUCGACGGGCAAUGGAGACGCCUAUGCCCACUUGACAAUUAGAGAUAAGUUACAGGGUAGAUGUUGGAAGUAG